AUGAUUGUUUGCUUCUACGCUAAAGGGACGCCGGAGUUGAUGCAACCAGUGGUAUUCGAGACUGAUAAUAGUGAUUUGCUUGCAAAGGUUUCAUCGCAACUCCUGAACGCUCUUGCCAAUAUUGAGAGCAUGCAAGAAGGUACGCCACUCAAGAUCGCCGAGAAACGCCGCAACAAGUUCGAAUUCAUUCGAUUUGGUCGAAAGUGA